UUUUUUGAGAUGAGACGUGAUUUCAGUCCGGACGAAUAUCCACAGCGCUCCAAUAAACAUGGCUGACAUUCCAAGUGAUGCGCCACAGCACUGCCCCGGUACGGCCAGUGAGCAGGCAGGGAAGACGUCAGCAUGUCAGGGUUGUCCCAACCAGAACCUCUGCUCCUCUGGAGCCACUAAAGCACCAGACCCAGCCAUAGAGGAGAUAGCAGAGAAGAUGUUAACAGUGAAACAUAAGAUCUUGGUCCUGUCAGGGAAAGGAGGUGUAGGGAAGAGCACCUUCAGCGCACAUCUGGCCCACGCACUGGCUAGUGACGCCACUAAAGAGGUUGCUCUCCUAGAUGUGGACAUCUGUGGUCCGUCUAUCCCCAGGAUCAUGGGUCUGGAGGGAGAGCAGGUCUCUGGUUCUGGCUGGUCUCCUGUCUCUUAUGUAGAGGAUAACCUGACAACCUGUGUCAUGUCUAUUGGCUUCCUACUCAGCAGUCCUGAUGAUGCUGUUAUCUGGAGAGGACCCAGAAGGUCAGGGAUGAUCAAACAGUUCCUGCGAGAUGUCGAUUGGGGGGAACUGGAUUACCUCAUCGUGGACACGCCCCCUGGCACCUCUGACGAACACCUGUCUAUCGUCCAGUACCUUAGCUCCGCCCACAUCGACGGAGCCGUCAUCAUCACCACCCCGCAGGAGGUAUCUCUUCAGGAUGUCAGGAAGGAGAUCAGGUUCUGUCAGAAGGUCCAGCUACCCAUCAUAGGAGUGGUGGAGAACAUGAGUGGGUUUGUCUGUCCCAAAUGCAAGAACACGUCUCAGAUCUUCCCCCCCACCACGGGAGGAGCAGAGAGGAUGUGUGAAGAGAUGAACCUUACUCUGCUAGGACGAGUCCCACUGGACCCCAGGAUAGGUAAGAGUUGUGAUGAAGGGAAGUCAUUCCUGACUGAAGUCCCAGACUCCCCUGCUGCUGCUGCUUACCACUCGAUAGUACAGAGUAUCCAGGCCUACUGCUUGUCCCAUGUGACACGGGAGGAGAGUGCUGGCUAGAAGCCAGUCUGGAGGCCACCAUGUUGCUCUGGAUGCCAGGGACGGAUCACAUGUCGAGGGUCCCUACUGUCUGAUGAAUAGAUCACAUGCUCUGGUUUAGGAACUGAUGUAGGAUCACAAUGUGUCUCAGGGUAGGACACCUGAUGUAAAGAGUCAGUUCUGUUACUCUGAGACUGUUUGUGAAUAUGGGACCUGAUCCUAGAUCCAGUUCUGUUACUCUGAGACUGUUUGUGAAUAUGGGACCUGAUCCUAGAUCCAGUUCUGUUACUCUGAGACUGUUUGUGAAUAUGGGACCUGAUCCAGUUCUGUUACUC